CCGUGGCAGUCUGCUGUUCAUUUCCCGUCGGCACGUCGAAGUCAAAUUCCCGACUCGAGCCCUGGCGCUCGGAAACGACGAGGAGAAGGACGGACGAUGGGUAGACGCGCACAACAACAUCAUCCGCAGGUUGAAAUCCUCCACCGUCGGUGUUCGAAUUGACUUAUCGUACGAACGGGAAGUUUUUGCUCUGUUUCCGGACGCGAGCUACCAGACGCCAGCUACGCCCGAAGAAAAGGUCAAUGCAGUCGAGGAAGAGUUUGAUGCACGCCCG